AAUUAUCCCCAUCCCAUUCCCCUGACCUGAGACCCGACAGACCCAAUCUUCGGGGGAAAAAAAAAAAAAUUAAAAACAGACCCAAUCAACCGGCAUAGAAAUUAGGGCUUCCAUUUCUGUUUAAUCGUUUAGCAAAUCUCCAUUCCAUAGCUGAAGUCGGAAAUUUCUCUCUUUCUCGCUGAAAUUUGACGUUAGAGAGUCCGAGAUAUGACGGACGGCUACUGGAAUCAGCAGCAGCAGCAGCAGCAGCAUCUUCUCCUCUCUGGUGGCAGUUUAAAACGACCUCGUUCCGACUACGAUCUCCCAUCUUCAGGGUUGCCCACAGGUCAUGAAAUUCAUAGUUAUUAUUCAAGAGAUGAUGGUCAUAGCAGGUACCAGGCUGUGAAGGACACAAAAACAAUUGGAUCAGCAUAUGACCGAUAUCUCCAAAAUGCGCAAAUUACUCCUUUUUCUACCGGAGAAGCUAGUGGGUUGAGCGUUGGGUUGGCAAAGACUGCCGGUAAUGCUAUGACUGGUCUUCCAAUACUUGAUUCUGGUAUAACGGCCCGUCCUCAGGCUAGAGGUCCAGAUCGGGCACCAAGUGGUCAGGAUAUUGUUUUCCGUAGUCAGCCUUUAGUGGAUAAGGUAGCUAGGCCUGUUCGUGAAACUGUACCCCUGCCUCCAGAUGCUUCCAGCACACUAUACGUUGAGGGACUCCCUCCUGACAGCACAAAGAGGGAAGUAGCCCAUAUCUUUCGCCCUUUUGUGGGGUAUAAAGAAGUAAGACUUGUUAGCAAAGAAUCCAAGCAUCGUGGUGGAGAUCCUAUUAUCUUGUGUUUUGUUGAUUUUGAAAAUCCAGCCUGUGCAGCAACUGCAUUGAGCGCCUUGCAAGGUUAUAAGAUGGAUGAACAUGAUCAUGACUCUAACUACUUGAGGCUUCAGUUUUCUCGGUACCCUGGUCCAAGAUCUGGCCCUGGAAGUCGUGGAAAGAGGUGAAUCACAAACGAACAUUUGUGAAUGACACCUGUCAUGAAUACAAACCAAUUUUCUACUACUAGUUUAUCCUGCCUUUGAAAAUUUGCAUUUUUUGACAAAAUAUGUUUAUCCGCCUCUUGCAAUUUAGAGUGCUCAAAGCUGGCCACACUAAUUAGUUGCAGUUUUAGAUCAACAAAAUAGUGAAGGGAUGAGGUAUUUCAAUAUAUAUCUGAGAUUAAUUAUGUAAUCGAAACAAAGAGAUGCUUAAAUCGAUCACUGCAUAAUUCUGUAGUUCCCAAAUUUUUCUGUAGCUACUAGAUGUUCGACACUUUGUAACAUUUUCUUGAGAUGCUAAUUUUAGCCUUGGCACCCAUGUCCUGCAAUGCGUGAAUGGUGGCUUUUACUUUCAGUUGCC